AUGGCACCCUCACGACAGCCUGUUGCCGGUCCUUCUCGACCUAAACAAUCGCAACAACCUGUCGCUCAACCAUCCCCUCCCUCUUCUUCUCUCUCCGCCUUUAAUCCCUCUCGAACAUUGUACGCUCUUGCUUCUCCUGUACUUGGUUCUGCCGACAAGGUUCAAGUAUGGGACGUCGCCACCGAUCGUGUUGUUUCCGAUUGGGAAGUGGCUGGUGCCGGUAAAGCUACAACAGUCACCUGGGCGUCCGUAGCUUCUUCCGAUAGCGCAAGCAAGAAGAAGAAGAGACGAAAGUCUGGACCAAUCGAUUCUUCUGAUGAGGAAGUUGUCCUCAUUACGACAGCAAAAGGUCAACUGGCAGUCUUCUCUCCGAAUAAAGGCGAAAUAAUACGAACGAUUGACCUGCCGCAAUCCGUCACUGCGGCAUGGUCGGAUGAGCAUGGUAUUGUCUUCACCACCGCCUCUUCCAUCUUGAUAAUAUCAUCAGAUGCGUCAAGCGUCACACAUACUUUUUCCCUACCCUCGUCCAUAUCGUCCCCUUCCGCCCUUACUGUUCUUCCCUCAUCUACACCUGACACCCUUCACGUCCUCGUUGGUACACAUUCAAUAGUGGCACUUCACCUCGAAUUGUCUUCGUCGGAUAUAAUAUAUUCAUCUUCACCUUUACCCGCAUCUACAUCCUCAGUCACGUCGAUAUUACCUCUCCCCUUUACAGAACAAGGGAUUUCCUUCCUGGUGGUUUCAGAAGACGAUCGCACGAUAUCACAGUAUACUAUCGCUUCCCCUCAAACACUACCCAAAUUGUCAUAUCGAUAUGCUUCGCCGACCCUUUCAUCUGCUCAUUCGUUAUCUACCUCUUCGACACUGUUAUCUGUAUUACACGAGUCUGGAGAAGUAUCUCUUUUCCGAUUACCCUCGGAUCUAGACUUCUCUCGCCCAAAAUCCGAUUCCAAACCAAGUCCCAUCAAAUUGGUCGAGGGUAAAGACGAACGAACCGCGCGACUUUGCAUAGCUACGUUUGCUCCUGGAAGUGAGGGUGCUCCUGGUGCAAUGAUAUGCGGCAGGAUGGCCGGUGGCGGACGAGUCAAAUGGCACCGAGUGACAUAUGAGUUACCGGAAGGUGGACUCAGACAGUCUACCAUUCUCAAAUGUGACGCUCAAGAUCUUGUGGGAUCUGCUGGUUCGUCAACAACAUUGCCAAUACAGCGGUUCACAGCUCCUGCCAGUGUCGCUGAAGCACCAGUAGCUGAAACCGAAGACUCCACUUCCAAGCUUCCUACCGAUGUUGACAUGGCCGAUCUUUCUCUUGGCGAACGAAUGCUUGCUGCGCCCAAUGGGACCGCUCAGAAUGGAGAAGGAGAAACCUCAGUGUCCAAAGCUCGAGCAGCAGCAGAGGCAGCCUUCGAUGGUCCUGUCAACACCGCAUCCCUCACUCGUGUUCUUGUCCAAGCACUUCAUACUUCCGAUCCAGCCCUUCUCACACUUUGUCUCUCGCAUCGAAACCCCACAUUAAUCAGAAACACUAUUCGAAAAAUGCCUGCUCAGCUCGCUUUACCACUACUCAAAGCUUGUGUGGAGCGAUUGGGUACUGGCAAAAGCGCCAACAAACGUGGUGGUGGACGAGGCAGUGUUCAGCAUGAACAACAAGGUCGAGGAACUGUCGAGUGGGUCAAGGGCGUGUUGGUGGAAAGGGGUGCAAUCUUGAUGACUAUGCCAUCACUGCCACUACAUCUUGCAACUUUAUCCAAACUGCUACAAACUAGGUUGGAGACUUAUCAGCCACUUUCUACAUUGUCUGGUCGAUUGGACCUUGCUUUGGCUCAAAUUCAGAUGCGUCGUCUGGCUGCUGAAGCUGCUUCUCUGUCAGCUUUAAAUGGUGGACAGAAAGGUGGUGAAGGUGAAGUGUACAUCGAAGGUGAAAGCGACGACGAGGAUGAAGUACCCAUCGAGAUCGGCGAGGAUGGCGAGAUUGAAGAUGUCAAUAUGCUUGCAGGCUCAGACGAGGCCUCAUCCGAAGAUGAAGAUGACAGUGAUGAUGACGAAGAGGAGAGCGAUGAGGACGUCUUGGCUUCAGACGAUGAUGAUGAAGGAUUAUUGGAUCUGGAAGCGGAGGAGAGUGAUGAUGAUGAUGACGAAGAAGACAGCGAUGAAGAAUAG